AUGAAGACAGACUUCAAGUUCUCCAACCUUUUGGGGACCGUCUAUCGCAAAGGAAAUCUUCUCUUUACUCCCGAUGGAACAUGCUUGCUUUCGCCAGUAGGCAAUCAAGUCUCGGUCUUUGACCUGGUCCAAAAUACUUCCUAUACUCUACCUUUUUCGCACCGGACGAACAUCGAUCGUCUCGAUCUCUCACCCAAGGGAAACCUCUUGUUGACCGUCGAUGAAAAUGGUCGCGCAAUUUUGACCAACUUCCACCGGCGCAUUGCCAUUCAUCACUUCUCCUUCAAAGGACGAGUGUCGGCACUAAAAUUCUCUCCCUCCGGCCGGCACUUUGCCGUCGGUGUAGGCCGCCGUCUGCAGAUCUGGCAAACGCCCUCCACUCCCGGCACUGAGACCAAUGGCGAGAUUGAGUUUGCUCCGUUCGUUCUACACCGCGAUCUUGCCGCCCACUUCGACACCAUCCAGAAUGUUGAGUGGUCCAGCGAUUCACGCUUCUUGCUCACUGCCGCAAAGGACUUGACAGCGCGAGUAUGGAGUAUGGAUCCGGAAGAUGGAUUCGAGCCCACUACUCUGGCGGGACAUCGUCAGGGUGUGGUAGGGGCUUAUUUCAACGCAUCUCAAGAAGCGAUCUACACCGUCAGCCAGGACGGUGCACUGUUCCGCUGGGAAUAUGUCACAAAAAAAGACGAGGAAACUAUGGAAGAUAUUUCUGAAGCACGCUGGAGAAUUGUCAAAAAGGACUUCUUCAUGCAAAAUGAUGCCAAGGUGAAUUGCGCUGCAUUCCAUGCGCCAUCAAAUCUUUUGGUUGUAGGAUUCUCCAAUGGGCUUUUUGGGCUCUACGAUCUCCCAGAGUUCAACAUGAUCCAUCUUCUCAGUGUAUCCCAAAGCAACAUCGAUGUUGUCACGAUCAACAAAUCCGGUGAAUGGCUUGCAUUUGGAUCCUCCAAGCACGGUCAGCUCCUGGUUUGGGAGUGGCAGUCUGAGUCCUACAUUUUGAAACAACAAGGACACCUCGAUUCUAUGAAUGCACUUGCAUACUCACCGGACGGCACAAAAAUCAUCACAGCUGCCGACGAUGGCAAGAUCAAGGUUUGGGAUGUCAAGUCAGGUUUCUGCAUUGUCACAUUCACGGAACACACCAGUGGAGUGACCGCGUGCCAGUUUGCGAAGAAGGGAAGUGUUCUGUUCACGGCAUCUUUGGACGGUUCCAUUCGUGCAUGGGAUCUCAUCCGCUAUCGUAAUUUCCGAACUUUCACCGCACCCUCCCGGCUGUCCUUUGGUUCUUUGGCUGUUGACCCCAGCGGAGAGGUGGUCUGUGCCGGUUCGCCAGACUCUUUCGAUAUUCACGUCUGGUCCGUGCAGACCGGUCAACUGCUUGACCAGCUUUCUGGCCACGAGGGACCGGUCUCUAGUCUCGGUUUCGCUGCCGAUGGCAACCACCUCGUCAGUGGAAGUUGGGAUCACACAGUUCGCAUUUGGAGUAUCUUUGGUCGUUCGCAAACUAGCGAGCCCCUCCAACUUAUGUCAGACAUUCUCAGCGUGGCUUUCCGCCCAGAUGGGCUGCAAGUCGCAGCAUCCACGCUAGACGGCCAGCUCUCUUUCUGGUCAGUCGAAGAUGCUGUGCAGCAGGGAGCAGUCGAUGGCCGCCGUGACGUCUCUGGAGGACGACGGGUGGCUGACCGCCGCACUGCCGCCAACGCCGCAGGUACCAAAUCUUUCAACCGAAUCACCUACAGCGCAGACGGUAGCUGUAUUUUGGCCGGUGGUAACAGCAAAUACAUCUGUUUGUAUGAUGUUACCACAGGAUCGUUGAUCAAGAAAUUCACUGUCUCCGUCAACACUUCAAUUGAUGGUACCCAGGAAAUCCUGAACAGUCGUGAUCUGACUGAAGCCGGUCCCCGCGCUCUGAUUGAUGAGACUGGCGAGGCCUCUGACCACGAGGACCGUGUUGACAGCACCCUUCCCGGUGCGAAGCGAGGAGAUGCUGGUGCGCGCACUACCCGCCCGGAGGUGCGUGUCACAUCCGUUGAUUUCGCACCGACCGGGCGAGCAUUCUGUGCGGCCUCCACCGAAGGAUUGCUUAUCUACAGUUUGGAUACCGACUUUAUCUUCGAUCCCAUUGAUCUGGAUAUCACCAUCACCCCUUCGAGUAUCAUUGCGACACUAGAUGCUGCCAAGGAAUCCGCUACAUCUGGUGCAGUGGAUGAGGACAACACAUUCCUCAAAGCCCUCAUCAUGGCCUUCCGAUUGAACGAACAAAAGCUUCUGCGUGUUGUAUAUGAAUCUAUUCCUCCGUCAGAUAUUCCCCAUGUGGUUCGGUCCGUGCCAUCAGUCUAUCUUCCUCGUCUGCUCCGAUUCGUUGCGCAUGCCGCCGAGGAGACACCCCAUCUGGAAUUCAACCUCAUGUGGAUUGAGUCUCUGUUCAGCAGCCAUGGCCGUUACUUCAAGGACAAUACCGGACAAUUUGCACCUGAGCUCCGUGCUGUUCAACGUGCUGUCGACGAUAUCCGGGAGAAUCUGAAACGACUGACUGAAAAGAAUCUUUACAAUCUCAACUACCUGCUUUCAAAGCCCGUUCUCGCUAACAAGAAGCAAAGCAGUGCUCUCUUGGCCAUGGAAACAGAGGAUGCCGAUGUUGAUGACAAGAUGGUUGAUGAGGACGAGGGUGAAGGUGAAUGGGUUGGCCUUGAAUGA